AUGGAUAGGACGAUGGGAUGGGUCAUGAUUUCUCUCAAGGAAAUGGGAAGUGAGAGAAAAUCAAGAGCUCGCAUCGGCAGGCUGGAUGGGCGGUUGCACGUGGGCCGUCUGGAUUACUCAGCCGGCGGUGUGGGGCGGAAUAUCUGCGAGGCGCUGGGGAAACUGGGUCGCAGUUCCCACUUUAUCUCGGCCGUAGGGGACGAUCAGCAAGGUCGUAUCUUAACAAGAAAUAUACCAAAAGAAUCAUCAAAAUUCAUCAAAGUAUUUCCUGGACGUCAUUCUGCUCAGUGUAUAGUUGUUUUAGACAAAAAUGGCAAUUGUUCAUUUUUGAUGGGAGAUAUGUCGAUACACAAAUUAAUUACUCCUGAAGUGAUUGAACAACAUGAGAAUAUUAUCAAGAAAAGCCCAUUAAUAGUUCUUGAUGGAAAUAUAUCUGAAGCGGGAAUGGAUAAAGCUUUGGAAAUGGCUCAUACACACAAAAUACCAGUACAUGAGAAUUCAAGAUGUGGAAGUCCAUAA